GCGCAGUAAACACUGAGCAUGUGACACUGUCAGAGCCUGUAAGAUCCGCGGUGCGCUUCUGUUUUUUCUAAUAAUCCAUGACGAGCCUCCUCUGACCAAACCCCGUCAUCAACACACACAAACAAACAACACUGGACAAGUGACAAUGGCGAGCAGACGGGCCUCGGUGUCCUCCUCAUCGGCGGGUCUGGAGGCCUGGUUCCCCGCGCCCGGUAGCGCGGAGGACGAGCCGGAGCUGCGGCGGCUUCGGGAGCGGCUGCGCGGGUGGCUGUCGCAGUGUGAGCCCGCGGUGAUCUGCGCGCAGCGGCUGCUGGUGUGGGAGAGGCCGCUGUACAGCAGCAUCGCCGCGCUCGCGCUCAACACGCUGUUCUGGCUCCUGUCGUCCACAUCUCUGAGACCCUUGUUCCUCCUGAGUGUGUCUCUCAUUGGACUGACGUUACUGGAGAGAUGGAAAGGCAAGCUGCCGCAGAUCACCGUGUGGCAUCCAGAGCCGUCUGUCGUUGAGAGAGAAACGCUAAGUGAGCAGCCACGUUUGUUAAGCAUCGAGGAGCUCAGCCAUCAUCUUGCAGAGAGUUACCUCACCUUCAGGCUUUACAUCCAAGAAAUGCUUCAGUAUAAACAACAAAACCAUGGCAAGUUCUGCAUCAUGAUGUGUUCAGGAUGUGUCCUGCUGGCCAUGGUUGGACAUUACGUUCCCGGGAUUAUGAUCUCCUACAUCAUAUUGCUGAGUGUGCUGCUGUGGCCGUUGGUGGUUUACCAUGAGCUGAUCCAGAAAAUGUACACCGGACUGGAGCCCAUACUGAUGAAACUCGACUACAGCAUGAAAGGAGACACACAGCGCCGCAAAUACGACAAGAGAAGGCUAAAGAAGGAGCAGGGAGAGGGUGAUGAACCGAGGGCAGAGACGGAGAGCGAGAGCGAGAGCGAGGAGGAGCUGUCAUGUUUCGCCCCUACUGUGGAUGUGAAGACUACGGCUCUGGCGAUGGCCAUCACAGACUCUGAGCUGUCCGAUGAGGAGGCGUCCAUACUGGAGAGUGGAGGAUUCUCUGUAUCUAGAGCCACUACACCACAGCUCACAGACGUCUCUGAAGCAGACCUGGAUCAGCAGAGCGUGCACAGUGAACCGGAGGAGGCGUUCACUAGAGAUCUAGCGGAGUUCCCGUCGGUGGAUGAACUGCCUUCUAUUGAACCGGGGCUGUUCCAUUUCCCGUUGGGUGUCCUGGGGUCCGAGCAGACGGGAGCGUCCGGCUCCGAGCUCCAGGAGGAACCGCUGUCUCCUGCCAGCCUCCUCAUCCAGCACUUAGCAUCGCCGCUCCACUUUGUCAACACGCACUUCAAUGGACACAGACAAGCAGCGGGGGCAGACCAAAGCAUUGUGGGUACUGAUAAAGAGGGAAGGGGAUUGGCUGAGGAUGUUUCGAGACCCACUCGGUCCCUGGAAGCCCUUAGUGAGGAGAUAGUGAGCACGGCCAUCUCUACUGUUGUACAGAACACUCUCUCAGCCCUGUUGCGAUCUACAGAGGCUAGCGAAGGCGAAGGAGAAGGAGACCUGGCUUCGUUUCUUCCCACCGAACCGCCUCCUUGUCCGAUUGAAUCGUCCCUCGAGUCACCAUCAUCCAAAGAAGCCAGUGUAGAGGAAGAGGAAGAGGAUGGUGACGUCACCGAAGCAAGCACCGAAGAGCAGCCGGAUCUCACGCUCGUACCCGCGGAGGAAGAGGACUUUGAGCUUCUGGACCAAAGUGAACUGGAACAAAUGGACGAGGGGUUGGGCCUUGGUGUUGAUGGACAGGAAGUGGGCGGGGCUUCCACAGAAACACCCCCAAGCAGUCAGCAGCACGCAGACCAGCAUGAUUCUUAGCUUCCCAUCAUCUAAACUGUUUAUUUUAUUUAUAGUCUUUGUAGAUACCAUAUACUGACAAAAGAUUUGUGAAAGGGAAUUUUGCGGUCAUCUAUGCCUUUAUUUUGUCGUUAUCGGGAGUGAGAUCACUGUGAUUGUUAAUGCCUCCGCAGGUGAAUGUCCAAAAUGUAAAAUGUAUGACACAAAUCCUUUUUUUGACAGAUCCAAAUAGCCUUCAGCCUCAACUCAAAUUUUAAAGGUGAUUUAAAAUAAAUGUAGUUUUAAUCAUUUACUGUAUCUUUUGUCAAAGACCACAUGUCUGCGACAGAUGACAAGAGCCCUCUGGUUCAUCAAUCCCACGCUGAGUGUUGUCAUAAGUCCUGGGAACAAGCCAUUUGGGCUGAAUUUUAGGACUGUGGAAGGAGAGGAUGAGUAGGAUAUGACUGAAGACUGAAAACAUUAGUGAUGUCAAACAUUUAUUUUCAUCAUCAUAGCUAAACUAAUAUAUUCUAUAAUAUAUUCCUCUGAAAUGGAUGGUUUUAUUUAUUCAAAUUGGUUAAAGUGAAGAAUAGUUCACUAUUAAAUAUGCCUCAAAUAAAUGCUUGUGAAUAAAUGAGUGACAAAACUUUAGCACAUUUGGCUGCAUUCCAGAUUAAUUUAUUGGAUUUUAAUUGGAUCGUGCCAUUUUUAAUUGGACACCCCCCCCCCCACACACACACACACACACACCAUGUAGGUGUUUAACUCUGUUCAUAUUCAUUCAAUAUAUUAUAAUUGGAUGCACUUUAGCAUUUUUGUUUGUGUGCACUUACUAGUUUACUUAUUACUUAUUAGUUUGCAGGACUUUUUCCUGGAUACCAAAUACCCUACUGUUCAAAAGUUUGGGUCAGUAUUUUUUAUAUAUUUAUUUAAAGGUAUGAAUACUUUUAAGCAGCGAGGAUCAAAAAGCAUUCAUAUGAUUGAAAGUGAUUAAAAGAUUUCUAUUUCAAAUUCAUAGAAAUGUUUCUUGAGCAGCAAAUCAGUAUAUUAGAAUGAUUUCUGAAGGGUCAUGUGACACUGAAAACUGAAGUAAUGAUGUUGAAAAUUCAGCUUUAGCAUCACUGCAAUAAAUGACACCUAAAAUUUUAGACUUUACAUUUUUUUAAUUCUAAUAAUUUCACAAUUUGACUGUUUUUACUGUUUGAUCAAAUAAAAUGCAGGCAGGGAGAGCAUAAGUGAAUUACUGACUCUAAACUUUUGAACGGUAGUGUAUGUUGUAUUGCAUUGUAAAAUUUACAUCGAAAGGUCACAGAUUGCCUGAAAUAUAAUUCAAAUGAUAAACAAACAUUUUUGGGUGUAGUUUGUGCAUGGGCUUGACUGAAUUAUUAUUAUUAUUUUAUUUUUUUAUUUAAAUGCACAUAAAAGGGGAAUCCUAAGCAAAUGAUUGCACCUUAUUUGUAUGUCAUUGAAAGACUUACACAAUAAGUCAUCAAGUUAUUUCUAGAAUUGACAAUGUAAAGCUCUUCUAGAAUAUUUGGGCUUAUUUUUAAAGAAAUUGAUUAUUCGUUUCUCUUUAUGUCAGUUCAAAGGCCAUAGUGACUCCUUACAUGACAUGACACUGAAUGAAUAUUAUAAGAUUUUAUGAUCUGAUAUAUAUAUAUAUAUAUUUAAUUAUUAAUAAUACUAGAGGGAAAUAUCUUUAAAACUGGAAAUGUGUAUAUAAAAACAAUCUUUCACAUACAAAGACAGUUUUACAGAUCUGUUCAUUGAUUAGAGGCAGGUGGACAUUCCUUUAAAGUCAAAAGUUAUUCUUACACUUUGUCUUAAAGAGUCAUAGUGUAAAUAUAUAUAUAUAUAGAAUAUAUAUAUAUGUAGAAUCUGAUUAGUCUAAAAUCCUGCAGCAAAUAUGGUCUGCAUUGCUGUGAUUGUAUUUUUUAUUUCAAUGUGGAAAAAACAAGCUCUUUGCCGCAUUGCAGUUUUUUUGGAUAAGAAACCGUGUUUUUGCUUUGCACGAUAGAGUGCGUUUUGUCUCUUCUCCUGUAGAUAACUCUAAGCUUACACAUCUUAUACAGACCGCAGAGAUUUGUGUUUUCUGAUAUUUAAGGAGAGAUUAUCCUUGUGUAAUAUUGAUUGUUUUGCUCAUGUUGUUACUGCUUAUGAUAAAAAAAAACACUUGGAGCAUUUAACUACAAAAUGUAUUGUUGAAUGUCAUUUUUCUACUCUGACUUUGACCUCCACAUAAUUCUAAUAUACACCCAUAAGCUGGUUUUCAACUUCAAA